AUGGCUCUUUCUCAACCAGAAUGGAACCGUCUAAACCCAGCCGCCAAUUUCCCCAAAUUAGUCCACGCCCAAUGCAUCAAAACGGGUGCAGAGACUUUCGACUACAACUGCAUUUGCUGGUUUCUUCAACUACCAUUUAAUUACCAAGGACAACAUUUCCCAGUUCAAUGGGUCGACCCGCCUGUGGGUGCAGCCCAGCGCGAUCAAUACCUGGCUGCCGCCAGACUAGUCCCCUGUGAUUACGAGGACUUCGACCGCGUAGCGCGCCUGUAUGAGAGACAUCCAACCAGAUAUCUUCACGGAGAUCGAUGGAACGCGGCAUCGGGGUCAUGGGAGAGUAAAAUGGGCGCACUCGUUCGCAUGUUACACCAGGAAUCUGGUCUCAGUGACGACGGUAUCUUCGAAUCUUUUUACGGCAAUCCGAGUUUUUGGUGUAAGAGGGCGCCCGGUGCCGCGGCGGCGUCGGUUGAUCCUUCGACCAUGAGCGUUGAAGCCUCAGAUGACCAGGAAUCGAUUGAUCGAAUUGCACAUGUUGCAAAUUCACUCGAUGGAUCAUUUCCUCGUACAGCUACUGCUUUUGAUACACUCUUUGCUACAUGGAAAAGUACAUGGUUCACGGGUCGAACGAAUAGUGUAUCGCAGAACUCGGAAGAUCGCGCAUCUGGAGCCGCGUGGGAUGCACUUGUGGCCUAUACGAGCCGUGUGAACGUACUACCACAGAUUGUACAAAAGCUCAGCGACCCGGCAAAUUUUUUCGCAGUCCAUCUUUACAAUGCUGCCCAGUCAGAUUCAUCGAAGAAGGUUGAUCCCCGGGAUACCUUUAACUACUAUUUUCUGAAAAAUCAGGUGACCAGGAUACAGAAAUUAUACGGAGCAUCGAUUCAGGAGUUUACGACACAAGCAGAUGAAUGGGUGGCGCACCAGGCGAAUGUUAGCUUGUCUUCGAAUUCCAGUGACUAUUUGAAUAGCCCGGCAUAUAACCGUUUGGUAGAGAUGGGGACGCCGAUUGUGGCCUUGAUUAUGGAGAGAUACGCAAGAGAAAGGAACGGCUGGUGGCAUGAACUGAUCCACCAUAUUGUAAACGGCCGAGCUUCCGGAAGUGUAAGCUUUCAAAAGACAGGGCUCUUUGAGGAUUGGAAGGCACAAUAUGAGAUCAGUGCCGAAUGA